UUUGGAAUCAGGUAAUUAUUUUGGACCGUGGGAUUGCUUUAACUUAUACGAAUAGCGUUGAUUAUUGUAUUGCACGUAAGUUUGUGUGCUUUUUGUGUUGGUGUCUAAAGACGGUUAAAGACUAAACUAUAACUACAUUAUUAUUUUUACUUCUUUUCUAAAUACAAAAUUGAUUACUUUAAAAAAAAGUAUUUUCUGUUAGCCUAACUAAAGCAGACCAAAAGAGUUAGUAGCUCAUCAAGUAGUUUGUGUUUUGUGUUGUGCUGAAAGUGAAAGUGGGGAUGCCCGAGCAUCGAUUUUGCUUUCCAUACUCCUGAAUAAAUCCAGCACACUUCACCAUGUCCCUACAACAUUCUCUCGAGCGACAGUGUAGAAAACUACUACAUGAAUACAAAGAUGAAAACUCAAAUGUGGACGUAUAUGUUUGUUAUACUUUUAACUUUGCAGAGUCAGUGCUCUGCUUGCGAAUGGCUCGGCCGAUACAGGAUGAUAAGCAACGAGUCUUUGAGCCUCCUGAAGGAAAUGGGUGGAAAAUAUUCUGAGGAUACCAAGGUAUCAUUUCCAGGACGCCUGUACAACAUGAUAGACAAUGCCGAGAUGGAGGACCAGGUGAAGUUUCUUGUCCUGACCUUAGAUCAUAUCAUCCGCCUCAUGGAUGCCAGAGAGCACAUGAAUUCAGUGCAGUGGAACCUACAGACUGUAGAGCAUUUUCUAACUGUCCUGAACAGGCAGUCAUCUGAUCUUAAAGAAUGUGUGGAUCGAUACCACAAGCCAUCACAUAAGAAGUCCUAUGAGAAAAAGAUAAAUAGACACUUCAAGAUUUUAAAGAAGGUUCUAAAGAAAAAAGAAUAUAGUGCUCAAGCAUGGGAGCAGAUCCGGAGAGCUGUAAAACAUCAUCUUCAGAGGAUGGACAUCAUUGCAAGCAUUGCCAACAGACGCUAAGACAUAAUGACAGACGAAUGGAGUGAAGUACAGUUACUGCAAGCAAUGCCAUAAAAACUAAAAUUAAUUACAAAUGUAUUUAUUUACAUGACUGCAUUUAUUUGCAAUGAAUGUAGCCUAGAGUUGUAUGUUUUGCCUAAUGGCUAGUGUUUUAAUUUAGAGUUUACCUUAUGUGUUUCCUAUGAAAACUUGAAGUAAUCUGAUCAAGCUAAUUAUGUUUCUUACAAAAACCUGUGAAACCUUUUGUUUAUUUUGAUGCAAAUAGGCCUUUGUGCCCCUAAACUAUACUCAGAUUUUUUGCUGAAUGUGAAAAAAAAAAAAUGUUUAAAAAAACAGACAUGCUAUGCAUUUCAAAUCAUGUAUUUAUUAAGUCAGUCAGUUUUGUUGUGAUGUGCAUGAAUAUAAGGUAUAUUUUGUGAAUGUUUCAGGUAUUUAUUAUACUUAAUUUAAUUUAUAUAUCGUUGUGCACCGUUUUUGUAUCCCUGAAUAUUUAUUGUUUUUUGAUACUGUUAUUUAUAGUUAUUUAUAUUCUGUUUGCUUACAAAAUAUUUUUGUACUUUU